AUGCUUGCAGAUCUCUUUGUCGCCAUGCUCUCCCUAUUUCGCGCCAUCCUCUUCCCGAUGAGUAGGUUCUGGUUCCGAAGGCGAAACACCCAACAUGCCGGUGGAUCGAGCUGGGUCCCAGAACGUCCACUUUCACACUGCGUCGACAAGUGCAUGUAUUGCCACUUUGUAUCAAGUCGGGAUGAUCAAUUCCGGCCUGAAGUCCGUGCCAGAGAUGGGAGAUGUGUUAAAACUGGACGAGUGAACAAUUCAGCGCGUUGGGGCAACUGGAUUCCAUAUGAAGCAGCGCAUGUGCACCUCCACCUAAGCUUCUUCUUAUUAUGCUAUUGCUAG